AAAAUCGUGUGGAAAUUAAACGCUAAGUAAAUGCUUUUUCAGAAUAAUGCUCAAAAUAUGUCUCAUCGAGCAUAAGGGGGUUGAAUAUGUGGUGUGAAACAUUUGCAUUUUAAUUUGAGAGGUGAACUUCAACAUAGAUGGAAGUGUUAUCUGGAGUUAAGCUUGGAGAUAAUCCAAGCGUAAAAGCGCAUUCCAACAAGCGAAAUGAUCAAUAUGGGAAAUUAUAUUCUGGUAACUCUUCUCGAAAAAUACAGAGCACUGGCAACAGUAGUAUACAUGGACGCAGAGGACCUGGACUUUAUCGACCUACAGUGAAUGAAACAUCAGUACCGCAGUCUAACUUACCACUAAAUCUUCUCCGCAAUCGAACGCCUCAUUUCAAGCCUUCUCUAACUCCUGGACUUGGUACCAGAAGAGUGGUUUAUGGAAAUUCAAGACAGGAUGCGAACCUUAGAUUUAGUAUGGAGCCUCGUCUAAGUGAUGAAGCAUUCGAUGAAUGGGUUAAUGCUAUACGUCGUAUGGCUCGUUUAGGCGACGGAUUACCAUCAGCUAUUCGUUCACGUGUGUGGUCAACUCUUGCAGAUCGGCAAUUGGCUAAGCAACAUGUGGAUUGGGAUCAUGUGAUUAAGAUGGCCUUCAAUGAACCAUCUAAUAAAGAUGAUGAUAGAUUAGGUGAACAAAUUGUGAAGGAUUUACACCGUACUGGAUGUGAACAAUUUGGAUCAGAUUCAGAUCAAGCAUCAUUAAAACGUGUGCUUCUCGCUUACGCUCGAUGGAAUAGACGUGUGGGUUAUUGUCAAGGUUUCAAUGUGAUAGCUGCUGCUGUGUUAGAUGUCACUGCUCGCGAUGAAAAGAAAGCUUUUAAAAUCAUGGUUUAUCUCAUUGAUUAUGUUCUACCAGAAUCAUAUUUUGCACAAAAUCUACAAGCUUUAUCCGUGGAUAUCGCUGUCUUUCGUCAACUCUUGCAAACUAGGUUACCUGGACUCGCUGGUCAUUUGGAUCGUCUACAGUAUAAAGCAGCUCUAGAAUCAGAUUCUCAAUUGGGUAAGAAGCGGUUGUCAUUGGAUAAACAAGAUAUUCUAUCAGGGAAAAAUCAAGGCGCCUAUGAACCUCCACUAAUGAACGUCUACAUUAUUCAAUGGUUUCUGACAUUAUUCGCCACUUGUUUGGCUUCUGAUGCAGUUCUACGUGUAUGGGACAGCAUACUACUCGAAGGUUCUGAGGUGAUAUUAAGAACUGCAAUUGUUAUCAUGGAAUUUUUGAAAAGUCGUUUGCUUAAGCUGAAAUCAGCUGAUCAAUUUUAUGCUACAAUGAGUGAUUUAAUGUCAGCGUUUUCUGAAGGUAGAAUUGUUAGCAGUCAAGAACUAUUAUUUGAAAUAUACGAGUUAGCACCAUUUCCAUAUCCUGGAUGAAAGAAUUACGUGAAAAAUUCAUGUAUAAUGUUACACCUUUAGUUCUUACCAAUAUGAAUAUUAAUUCAUCCGAUAGUAUUAAAAAUGCACAGAAUAGCGAUCAAAAGAAAACAGGGAUAUUCAACCUGCUGAAAUAUAUUCCUACAAGUUUAAAGAAGUCAGAAUCUGUACAACCUAUCAGUAGUAUUAAAAGUUUGGUAAAAUCUAAAAAUGAAAAGCAUAAUCCAGAGUUUGUAAAUUGAUGUGAAUUCCAUACUUAAUUGUUUGUAUUGUCAUACUUAUUGUGUUUAGAAAGAAAUAACAAGGUGAUAAAAUAUUAGUCUUUUUUUAAAAUGAAAAUUAUAACACAACAUAUAUUGGUGAUAUGCAAAACAUUUUCUGUCGUCUUUCUUCUAUUCAUGAUUUUUUCUCUAAUUAUUGUUCUGUUUUUCUACUCUCAAAACAACUUUAUUGUCUCAACCUAAUUUUACAGAAAACAAUUUAUUGUUGGUGUUAUUAACUAGUAUUUUUGUUUGUGAUUAGCGUGGUGUUAUGCUGUGCUAAUUUUCGUCAUUAUCAUCACCAUGAACAUCAUUCCAGCCACCAUUAGCAUUAUUGUGAAGUUUGAUGUGAUCUUCUUAUAAGUUUUCUCCUUUUCAAAUUUACGUUAAUAUAAUAAAUGUACAUUUCAACUUCUAAAUAAUCAUAACAUUUGAGGUAAUCAACUUCAGUUCAUAUCCAUUCAUGCUACUGAACAUUUUUGAUUCAAAGAAGAGUUCAACUUGGUGAGAUGUUAAUAGAAGUUCGGGCACUGU